AUGGCUGCGUUUGUCGAUGAUGUCGCCAAUCCAAACCGCACUCCCUUCUCCCUGGACGAGAUGCAACAAUUUGUUGUCGGCAUGCGUAUUCAGAGCGCCAAGCAUGCAACAACACGACCUGCACCGAAACGUACCAGCUCUACUACGGGGGAGCUCUGGAGACCCUCUCGCCUGGAUCCUUCCAUCUCAGCCAAAUCGCUCGAAAUCCCAAUUCAAUGCGCUUAUGCCAUCGCUGCCAUCUACGACGUUUGCCUCGAGCGACAGAUGCAGCCCACCGCAAAGAUGAUCUCGGCCAUGCUGUCGUCUUUUCUGGGUCUGCUCAGCCCCGAUCAAAUGUACCAGGCGGCUCAAACUGCACUCCAACAUCUUGUCCCAUCCACCGCAUCUGCAGCAGAUCAGGAUGUUCAUCUUAGGCGCAUCAACCACCAUGCACUUUCAAGCUUUAUUCAUGCUUUUGGCCGCAGCCGGAAACCUGAAGAGGGUGAAGCAUUGCUAAGCCGGUGGGCCAAGGCGCAGAGAGCUGACGGCUUCACGAUCGUACAUGCGGAUGAACCGGUUGAUGUCACUGGUUGGGGUGGCAAUGUCGUCGUUUGGCAGUCCUUGAUCAAGUCUCGCGUGGAUGCAGAUGACAUGGAUGGCGCUCGAAACUGGCUGCAUCGGUAUAGGCUAGCAAGUCAACACGUCGGGAAGCAUUAUCCGUCCACUCAAUCCGAGCCUUACCUCGCUUACAUGGCCGGCAUCCGCAGUAAAGUUGAGCUCCGAAAGCUCUCAACUUCAAGGGUUCAAAGAGUAUCCGAAGAAGUUUGUCAGGUCGUACGUCUCAUGAUUGCCGAUCACGUUCCCGUCGACAGCUCUAUCAUUGCAUUUGUGCUCGACUUGGAGGCAAGGGUUGGCAACGUGGACGGCAGCGCCACGCUGAUUCGGAACGAGCUUAGCGGCAUCAUCGAAGCCAAUCAGGUGUACGACGCUGAGCUUCUCCGCGCCCUUUUCCGGAUUCACAAUUCGGCCGCGAAAAAAGCCUCGACUUUGGCUCUCGAGUCAACCACUGUUGACCUUCAGAAGACAGGCAAGUGGAAAGGACUGCCAUCGUCCCGAACGCUCAUUCGAUCUCUGGUCCAGGUUGGCGAAGGCAAUGUGGUGAGUUCUACCGAAAAUAUUGCGUCCUGCCGAAGUCGGCGUAUGCUCAACGCAGCACUCAUGACAGCAAUGUCGGAACGCGACUAUCCUGCCGCCGUCGUUGUCCUCAACCUUUUUGAACGAUGGAGAAUCACACCUUCUCAAAGCACGUACACCUACGUCAUCAACCCACUUGCCUCUCAGGGUCAUUACCAGGCUCUGUUGCCCGAGCCAGGAGAAACCAAACUCUCGGCGAGCAAGCUCAACUUCCACACGACGUUGCAGAGCAUCGCUCGGCGAGGCGACGUACCAGCCGCGUUAAUGCGCAGAACGCUGGGUGAUCAGGCAAACGAUAGCGAUACAGUACAUGUUAGUGCUCGGCCGUCAUCGACGCUACGUCAGACGCAGUACCUUGUCAGGAUCCUCAACAAGGCGUGCGCUGCCGAAAUGCAGGAUCUGCAGCUCGAGGGCAUCAAAGGCGAGCAAGAUGAGGGCUCACUUUGGAAACGCGUCAAGAGUGCGAUUCAGGCCGCACAGGAUGAGCUUCUCGGUACACUGGAAGAAAGGAAGGAUGAACUUUCGAGCUCAUCGAAAUCGCUUCUUCUAUCCAAGGCGCCCACUCUCUCUCCCCAUCGACGCGGUUUCAAGCCAGCGUCGACAGCUUGCACGUCUACAUCGUCGAUCGGCAGAUUUGGUUGGCGCUGGAACAAAAACGAUGGCUUGGACCACGCGCGACAAGAGCAAUCCACGAAACUCACAUCCACUCAGCCUGCACCUUGUCGCGCACGACCGUUCUCGACAUCGGCGGUGCGUCGUGAUGCCGACUCGAGCGGAGCGAGCUGUGACUUGGCAUCGGCAUCCAACAAAGACAAGGAUUUUACACAUCUCGAGCCUGUACGUGCUGUCUAUAUCCCCGGGUUUGUACCGUACAAGCUGGGUCUGGCAUUGCAGGAACACCUGGUGAAACAACGCUCUGAUGCACGUGCAGCGUUGCGUGCGCUGCACGAGACCACGUCUCGCUCAGCUUCAACGCUGUCUGGACACUCGAGCAUUUCAGCAUCUGGCUCGCAAAGCGCGCUGGAGCGACAAGCGAGUCAAGACACGCUGCUGUUGCUGCAGCAUCGACCGGUGUAUACAGAAGGGCGACGGCAUGAGCAGGAAGACUCGAUGGUCGCGAAUCAUCUGCGUUGGCUCGGUGCUGACUACUACCUGACUAAACGCGGUGGACAGAUCACGUAUCAUGGUCCGGGACAGUUGGUCGGGUAUCCGAUUCUGAAUCUCGCCUCAAUGGGGUUGGCCAGUCGAUGUUACGUUGAUCGGAUCCAGGAUUCGCUUAUAUCGCUGCUGGGUUCGCGCGGAGUACCGACUGUGGCUCCGCCGGAUGAGCAUACGGGAGUGUGGGCGGACGAGUACCAUAAGAUCGCCAGUAUUGGGAUCCAGGUUCGACACCGGAUUUCUAGUCAUGGUUUUGCGCUCAAUGUCGAGAACCGAGCUAUACAGGGGUUCAAACACAUUGUUGCGUGUGGAAUCGUCGGUAGGAACAUGACGUGUUUGCACGAGCGGCUUGAUCCCUCCGGACCAUUUGCCAGGUACAAUCCACCACGCACUCGUGGACACGUGCAUGUUGACGAGAAUGUGCAGAGUAUAGCAAGCUCGUAUAAGACGCACUUUGCACAUGUCUUCCGUAGGCGUAUUGCCGAUGCGGCUCCGCAAGAGUUUCAGUUUGAGCUUUCGCCGGAGCGUGACAGCCACACGCUCGCAACCCGCUUACACGUCCAUGUCCACCCCACCGAGAGCGUCGUCAGCGCGAUUCGCGUCGAUGGUCGGCCAGUCGUCCACUGA